CCCAACAUCUACAGUUACUACCACUACUGUAGUUCCUUCAAUUACUCACUCUCUUCCAUCUCUGUUUUCUGAACAACAAGAAGAAGAUGAUGUUCUUCUCUAAAUCUCCAUGGCCUCCUACAAUACUUCUGUUUCUCUUCAUUCUAAAUAUUAUACUUGUUUCCUCAGCUAAAACUACUUCUAGUACUUCAAAAAUCGGUCAAGGUUACAGUCUCAUCUCCAUUGAAGAAGCUCCUAAUGGAGGUCUCAUUGGUCACUUACAUCUCAACAAGAAAACCAACAUUUAUGGUCCUGAUAUCCCACAUUUACAACUCUUUGUCAAGCAUGAAACUGAAGAUCGAUUAAGAGUUCACAUAACAGAUGCAGAGAAACAGAGAUGGGAAGUGCCAUACGACUUACUCCCAAGAGAAAAACCACCAAAAUCUGCAUUACACAAAAGUGUUGCUGGAGAAACAGGGGAGAUUCCAUUCCUAUCUGAAAAAUCAUCAGCAGGAAGUGAACUUGUUUUCAGUUACGUAUCAAACCCAUUUAGUUUUGCAGUAAAAAGGAAAUCAAACGGAGAAACCCUUUUCGAUUCAAGCUCAGAAAAUUCAGACCCAUUCAGCAACUUAGUCUUCAAAGAUCAGUACAUUGAAAUCUCAACGAAGUUACCAAAAGAUGCAUCCCUAUACGGUCUUGGUGAAAACACACAACCCCAUGGAAUCAAACUCCAUCCAAACGAUCCAUACACAAUCUACACAGCUGAUCAGUCUGCAAUCAAUCUUAACAUGGAUUUAUAUGGUUCUCAUCCUGUUUAUAUGGAUCUUAGAAACGUUGGUGGUCAAGUUAGUUCACAUGGUGUUCUGUUGCUCAACAGUAAUGGAAUGGAUGUUAUUUACAGAGGAAAUUCUUUGACUUAUAAAAUUAUUGGUGGGGUUUUGGAUUUUUACUUCUUUGCUGGAGGGGCUUCACCGCUUUCUGUUGUGGAUCAGUACACUCAGUUGGUCGGUAGACCUGCACCUAUGCCCUACUGGGCUCUUGGAUUCCAUCAAUGCAGAUGGGGUUAUAAGAACGUAUCAGUCACUGAAGCAGUUGUUGAGAAUUACCGAAAAGCCAAAAUCCCUCUUGAUGUCAUCUGGAAUGAUGACGACCACAUGGAUGCAGCAAAGGACUUCACUCUUGAUCCCGUCAACUUCCCUCGCCCAAAGCUUUUGGCCUUCCUCGAAAAGGUUCAUUCACGUGGCAUGAAGUACAUUGUUCUCACUGACCCUGGAAUCGGUGUCAAUGAAUCGUACGGUGUAUUCAAACGUGGAAUGGCAGAUGAUGUUUUCAUCAAAUAUGAAGGUGAACCCUUCCUAGCUCAAGUCUGGCCUGGACCUGUAUACUUCCCAGAUUUCCUUAAUCCUAAAACCGUUUCGUGGUGGACUGAUGAGAUCAGGCGUUUCCGUGAUCUUGUACCCAUUGAUGGUCUUUGGAUCGAUAUGAACGAGCCUUCAAAUUUCUGCUCUGGUAAAUGCAAGAUAGUGAAGAAUAGACCAUGCCCAGGAGACCCAGGAUGGGAAUGUUGCUUGGACUGUACAAAUAUAACGACGACUCGAUGGGAUGAUCCUCCUUACAAGAUCAAUGUUUCAGGUGUACAUGCUGCUUUGGGGUUUAAAACUAUAGCUACAAGUGCUACACACUACAAUGGUGUCUUGGAAUAUGAUGCUCACAGUCUCUAUGGUUUCUCUCACGCCAUUGCAACUCACAAAGCCUUUAUGGCACUCGAAGAAAAGAGGCCGUUCAUAUUAACGCGGUCGACUUUUGUUGGUUCAGGACACUAUGCAGCACAUUGGACAGGUGAUAACAAAGGUACUUGGGAGAAUCUGAAGUAUUCAAUCUCUACAAUGCUGAAUUUUGGUAUAUUUGGAGUUCCUAUGGUUGGUUCAGAUAUUUGUGGAUUUUAUCCUGCCCCGACUGAAGAGCUUUGUAACCGUUGGAUCGAGCUUGGUGCGUUCUACCCUUUCUCAAGAGAUCACGCAAACUUCUAUUCCCCCAGCCAAGAGCUCUAUGUUUGGGAUUCUGUUGCAAAGUCUGCACGAAAUGCACUUGGUAUGAGGUACAAGCUCCUUCCUUAUCUCUACACAUUGAACUACGAGGCUCACAUUAGUGGUGCUCCUAUUGCAAGGCCAGUUUUCUUCUCGUUCCCAAAUUUUACUGAAAGUUACGGGCUAAGUACUCAGUUCUUGUUGGGGAGUAGUGUGAUGGUAUCACCUGUACUUAGGAAAAAGGCUACAAAGGUGAAAGCUCUGUUUCCCCCAGGUACUUGGUACAAUCUCUUCGAUAUGACACAAACAGUUAUAGGUAGAGGACAGUAUGCAACCUUGGAUGCGCCUUUGCAUGUAAUCAACGUGCAUGUUUAUCAGAACACUAUACUUCCAAUGCAGCAGGGUGGAUUGACUUCUAGAGAGGCAAGAACCACGCCUUUCAGCCUCGUAGUUACUUUUCCGUCAGGUGCUUCUAAGGGAGACGCUAAAGGGAAGCUUUAUCUUGAUGAUGAUGAACUUCCUGAAAUGAAACUUGGAAAUGGGUACUCGACAUAUAUUGAUUUCUAUGCUACAGUAAAUGAGAAAACCGUGAAGGUUUGGUCUGACGUUCAAGAUGGUAAGUAUGCAUUACAGAAAGGAUGGACCAUAGAGAAGGUGACUGUAUUAGGAUUGGAUGGAAUUGGAGAAUCGCUUGCAGUUGACAUUGAUGGAAUGCCUGUUUCGGAUAUGUCAAGUGCUGAAUUCUCUGCAUCAGAUCUGUAUCACUUGGAGAAGUUAGAAGGAGACACCAAAAAGAAGGGUAUGAUGGUAGAAGUCAAGGGGUUGGAAUUGCCUCUUGGGAAGAAAUUUUCUAUGUCUUGGAAAAUGGGCAUCUAAGGUGAAGAGAUGGAUUGCAGAUGAAGAAGUAAGUAACAUUACUUCUGCGCUGCAUUUGAUUUCGGCUUCUCUCAGUUUCCUUUGACUAGAUUAGUUUCUACUUAAGAAUUAUUCAUCCCAUGCAAUUCAUAGGAGAUGGAUUAUCUUUUUCUGCAUUCUCUUUUCCAAGUAUUUUUCUGGUUGUAGUUUAAAAGACUCCAAAUAGAAGUCUUAAAUAAACUCUUGGCAGAGCUGCUAUUUGGAGAACAUAUUGAAAGGAAAAAAAAAUCCAGUGUAUUAAGAAGCUAGACAGGUCUUAGAAAUUUGAUUCAUUUUGCAUUU